CAGUUAGAGGAAGUUCUAACCAGAAUGUGAGCUUUUUCUCUUGUUUUUGUGACAUUCUGGAGCUGAAACCGCCAACUGAGUGAGCUGUUCUGCAAAAACUGGGCACAAAAUGCAUGAUAGCAAUCGACUGGAGAAAAAUAUUUUACCAGUUGAAUGGCUGGGAAUCUCAAAUUACCAGCAUCCAAGGAAGCAUUCUAUUACCAUUACCCUGAAUCAAGUCUUGGUUUUAUCCACAGUCAUAUGUCUGGUGUUUAUAUUGCUUGGUAUAGUUAUGAGUUUGUUAGUAACUGGAAGAAAAUUGCAUCAGAUAUCAUCAGAGUGUUUUGAAGCCGCAUGCCCAGAAACCUGGAUUGGUUUCCAAAGAAAGUGUUUCUAUUUUUCUGAUGACAUCAAGAAUUGGACAUUCAGCCAGAGGUUUUGUGACUCACAUGGUGCUGAUCUUGUUCAGGUUGAAACCAUCCAGGAACUGAAUUUCCUAUUGAGGUAUAAAGGCCCUUAUGACCACUGGAUUGGGCUCAGCAGAGAACAAGGCCAACCAUGGAAAUGGAUAAAUGGCACUGAAUGGACCAGCUGUUUUCCUAUCAGAGGAGGAGGAGAAUGUGCCUAUUUGAAUGACAAAGGUGCCAGUAGUGCUAGGCAUUACACGGAGAGGAAGUGGAUCUGUUCCAAACCAUACACAUAUGCCCAGACGCAGAGACAAAGCUCCAUCUGAUCUUCAUAUACUCAUUAUAACAUAUCAUUAAAUUUUUAUUUUUCAUUUUGUUUAUUAGAAAUAGUAUUUUUUUGUUCUGAGUUUU